GCCGUGUUCCCCAGUUCUCUGUAGUAUUUUUAGCUCAGUUGGCACUGGCAAGGUGCAGAAGAGAACAGCCCAGGCCUGAUAAGAAGCAUAUAAAAGGGAUCUGUGAACCACCAGCAUUUGCCUGACCUUGGCAGACUGCAGCGAGACACGGACACAUAGCAACUAGGGAGGGGGACUUAUCCUGUGAAAUUGAGUGUCCUCAGUGCCACCUGGUCUCAAUGAGAGACCUUUGCAGUUACUCCACCGAACUGCCAUCUGCACAAAUGAAGAUGGACUGCAACUCUGGCAAGUCGUCCAAACCCCACAGUGUCAAAGUGAGCAAAUCAAUGUCCACCAUUUGCUCUUCCUCAAGUAAUGCCAACUGCCAUGAAAGCCACCCCAUCCAAGGCCCUGCGAGGCAAGCUCAGGGUAGGAACCACAAUGAAAAACUGUCCCCGUCCCCAGAUACCAUGUCAACUGCCACUAGAGAGAGUCAAAUGUCAGACUUCUAUAAUGGCAAUGUAGCCCUGAGGUGCCCCUCUGACGCCUCUGAGAAGCUCCACCAAAGGGUUGCCAAGGAGAGCAGAUGGAAUGGGGAGACCACUCCGAAGGAAAUUAUGGCAAAAAAGAGAAUAGCCAAUGCCCCCAAGGAUUCUCCCAUCAAGCGUACUUUCCUGUUUGGGGAAAACAAAAUUGACAACGGCAGCAAGAUGACCCUGAAGAAAGCUAUCAUCCAUAAGCCACCUGAGAAGAGUUGUUCUCCACUAGCUGUUUCCAGAGAAGGGAUGGAUGGCUUGAGAGGAAAGACACAGGCAUGGUCCAGUGUGACCCAGAGAAAGAAAAGGCGAGACCUUUUCCCAGACUCAAAGGUUUUCAGCCACAUAGACGCUCAUGUUCUGCGUGUGAGCGAGCAGAUAAAAUCAAAGCCGGCUUUGCCGUCAGUCCAGACCAUUGUUCAGCUGAUUACUGAUGAGGCCCGAAGCAAACUGGAGACCGUGCGAGCAAUAUGGAUGUGGCUGUGUCACAAUAUCCGAUAUGAUGUGGAUGGCUUCUUAGGGUUAUCUCAGAAGAUCCAUACCCCAGAACAGGUCCGGCAAACUGGAAGAGGCGUGUGCUCCGGUUAUGCCCAUUUAUGCCGAGAAAUGUGCAGGGAGGCAGGUGUGAGUUGCAUUGAAGUGUCGGGCUACGGGAGAGGUACCGGAUACCAACAAGGGCAAAACUGCCAACAAAAGAAAUCCAACCACAUGUGGAAUGCAGUUCAGCUGGAAGGACAGUGGUACCUGCUGGAUGCAUGCUGGGGUGCAGGCACCGUGGAUGCAGAGAAGAGAUUGUUUAUACCCAGGUAUGAUGACUUCUUCUUUCUAACCGACCCUGAGCAUUUCAUUGAGACCCACUGGCCUGAUGAGCCAGAAUGGCAGCUUGUGCAGCCGCGUGUCUCGCUGGAAGACUUUGAACAGAGAGUUUUUAAAACAUCGGAGUUUUUUAACCUGCAGCUCUCCCUUCUUUCUCCAAACCACUCCCUUCUCAAAACAGAACGCGGGGAAGCAACAGUGUCGCUGAGGAGCACACAUCCAGCAGAAUUUAGCUAUCAUCUCUCCAAGCUCUGUGGCGAUGUUAGCAAAGAAGCUUUAGGCAUGACUCAUGGGAUGCUGACAGUGUCUGAGAAGAGCAUGACUCUCAAAGUUCUCCCCCCUACGGAGGGCUUGUUUGAGCUGAUGAUCUUCGCUCGGCCAGCGGACACUCAGAACUCCUAUAGCUGGGUGUGUUCCUAUCAGAUCAAGUGCCUGGAGUCGCACAAGAAAGAACUGCCUGAAAACCCCUUUCAUUUCUGGGGCCUCCAUCCGAAGGGGAAAGACUUUGGGAUUGAGGAGAGCAAUUGUGGCGAGGACCUGAUUGUUGUUGCAACAGGAAGUUUGCUGUUGACGCUACAGACAUCUAGACCCUUGCUGGCCACGUACCAGCUGGUGAAUAAAGAUCUAGACACCUCCCUGAGCACGAAGUGCCUAGCCUCUCAAGCAGAGGAGGAGAAGCUGAGUUGUCACGUGCUGUGUCCUUUUCUGGGUUACUACAGACUUUCUGUGUUUGUGAAAGAUUUAGGAGACGACCUGUUCAAAAACGCAGCCAACUUCCUCAUUCGUUGCUCUGGUCCCAUCAACCAGAAUGAGCUCUUCCCAUCUGGCCUCAGCAUGCACUGUGGGACAGGGAUCAGCACUGGCUGUAGGGGCUUUUCUAACCCCAGCCACCCUGCCCCCAUCAUCAACACCAACCAGGGUAAGUGCAACAUCACGUUCCACACCCCGUCAGACACCGAAGUGGCCGCCAUCCUGAGUAAGGACAAAAUCACCAACACCAAGUACCCCAUGGAGAGAUACAUCCUGCUCACCCAUCUGGGAAACAAGGUCAGUGUCUGUAUCCUGCUUCCUGAAUCAGGCCUUUACAAAGUGGGGCUCUUCAGCAGGAACAAGGACCACAAGGAUUUUGCUCAUGUCUGCGACUAUGUUGUCCGCUGCUUUUCCGAGCCACGGUGGCUUCCAUUCCCCCGAGUGUACAGCACUUGGAGGAAAGGCUGCAUCUUGCUACAGCCCAGGACGGGAGUGCUCCAGGAACGAAGCUGGAUCAAGUUCAGAGUCAAGCUGCCAAAAGCCUAUAGAGCUCUCGUGGUCGGGCAAUCCAGGACUGAACUGCAGCCAACUUGUAGCAAGAUCUGGGAAGGGGAGGUGUACACCGGGCUCGCUCGGACUGUGCUCAAGCUGGCGGUGAAGUUCAGUCAGCAUUCCACCAGCAUGGAUGUCAUCCUGUCAUUUGAUGUGGAAGGCAACUCCCCCAGUUCAGAGGGGUCUUCAGGGUAAAUGAUCCAGAGACACGGGGAAGCUGGAAAUGAUCAGGAGAGUGAUGGAAGCAAGCAAGAAGCUCUCAAAAUUGAGGUGCUCUGAUAAGACACAUAAAUAAGUCCAAAAGUACAUGCACAUCAGGUGGAGGUGCAGAAUUGUACAUUGUACAUCAUUUCCUGCAAGAUAUCCUUAGAUGCUUAGAGAUGAUGCAGCAAUUUAAUCAGAACCAGAGCACUGAAAACUCCUAAUAGUCUACAUGGAUCAGGGAUCCACCUACAUGGAUCGUUGUUCGACACCUCUCCAGAAAGAUUGUUUAACUGCUUAUUACCAGAUUGAAUAAUUGUUCAGCAUGUUUUAGUUGACAUUUCUUCAAGAUCUUGGGAAUUAACAGUGUUUUCUUCCUCUUAAGAGCAAAAAAAACAAAACCAAACCAAACCAAACCUGGAGCCAAAAGCAUCAGGUGAUAGCAAUAUUUUUAAAAACAUAAAUAUGUAUAAAGGAAGUUAAUCAUUUCCUGAUGGAGUCCAUGCUAACGAGGGAGAACGUGUGUCAUUUUUAACUGCCACUUUAAAAUUUCUUCCAGGAUCUGAAGAAUGGAAUCUACCCAUCCUUCACUAGCCAGCAUGAUACGUAAGUGCACUGUACAUGUGUGUGCUGGGAGUGGGUAUAGCCAUCAGGAAAGCAGUUCCGUGGCCUAGAUACACCAUAUAAAUAAUAAAAAAGGCUGAUCAGAGAAGCAAUUAUAAUCUGACAUGCUAAAAGACAGCCUUGUAGCAGAGAUAAGAACACCGCACUGGCAGGUUGCUACAUAUAACAGAAUGGAUUUUACUAGUCAUAUAUUCUUCCAGAACAUGUGUAUAAUUUAUAAACACAUGGACACAAAGAGUAAUUACAUCGCCAACCACCAAAAUGCAGCCACCUCUGGGGUGGUGCUAGACAACUGAAUGUUGCACAGCAAUAUUAUGUGACAGUUUAGGAUAGGAAGAGCUGGCAAUUAUCUCCAACUGCACCACCAAAAGGAAUCUUUAAAACAGGGUUUAGCUCAGCAUGUCCACCUUGUUUGGAACAUAGGAACUGCCCCUCUUUUAGAAGCUGCUGUCAUUGCUGGGGGACUAGAGAGGGCAAGAGCGAUGCAGUGGGUAUCUGUACAACAUACAGUGAAACCAUCUCCACACCUGCUCCACACUGAUGUUUUAAAUGGAAAUUCUGGCUGCAAUACCUUUGAAUGAGGUCUAGGGUUAUUUUUGGAUGCUUUUAAAGAAACAGACGGGGGGCACUGUCCACUGUUAUUCAGAGACAGCCUAUUAUGUUUGAUUUACUGAAGAAGUUGGAUAAAAAUGGCUUUUAACUUCAGCCAGCUUUUCCAGGGCAUGGAAAAUAAUCAAACAUCUGAGCUGCUACACUGGUGAAGGCCAAGGGCCCCAUUUUACAAGAGGUGAAGAACUAAUUGGGAAAGCACAAAAGUCCUGGAAUAAUAGGGAGAAAAUCCUGCCAAGGAACAUGAUACAAGGAUAAUUGUGAACCGAGAUGGAUCUGCCCGUGAAGCGUACACAUUGCCAACAGCCUAGAAGCACAGAGCAGCUGGCAAGGAGGGCGGUGUGGCUGUGAUUACAAGAAUCUGUCAAUAAAGUGUCUCCCAGGAU